CGAUGUAACCAUGGAGAUGCUGAAGGAGAUGCUGAAGCAGCGCCGGCACAGCCCCGCUCUCCAGAACCCUUUAAAGAUUAACCAGACCCGUCACCCUCCGGCUCCAGCCAGGGAUGGGGCUGGGGGGCUGAGCCUCCUCGGCGCUGCCCAGUCGUCCUCCACCUGCGCAGGGCGCUGAUCCCACCCAGCAGAGCCGGGGCCGGCGAGCGCGCGAGCGGCUGACCAUGUUCAACGGGGAUGCCAGCUCCUCAGCGGCCAGGAAUGUCAUCCGCAGCUCCAGCAUUAGCGGCGAGAUGUACAACAUCGAGAAGAGCGCGCGGGGCAGCGCCGACUCCGUCACCAUCACCGCCAGCAAGAAGAGGCGCUCCAGCCUGGGCGCCAAGAUGGUGGCCAUCGUGGGGCUGUCCCAGUGGAGCAAGAGCACGCUCCAGCUUAACCAGACCGAGGGCGGCCCCAAAAAGCUGCGCAGCAACAUCCGGAGGAGCACGGAGACCGGCAUCGCGGUGGAGAUGAGGACCAGGGUCACCCGGCAAGGCAGCCGGGAGUCCACCGACGGCAGCACCAACAGCAACAGCUCCGAUGGCACAUUCAUCUUCCCCACGACCCGGCUGGGCGCCGAGAGCCAGUUCAGCGACUUCCUCGAUGGGCUGGGGCCGGGCCAGCUGGUGGGGCGGCAGACGCUGGCCACCCCGCCGAUGGGCGAUGUCCACGUCGGCAUGGCUGACCGGAACGGGCAGCUGGAGGUGGACGUGAUCCAGGCAAGGGGACUUAUCCCAAAGAUGGGCUCCAAGACCAUCCCUGCCACCUACGUGAAAGUUUACCUGUUGGAGAACGGCAUCUGCCUGGCCAAGAAGAAGACGAAGGUGGUGAAAAAAACCUGCGACCCGUCAUACCAGCAGCCUCUGCUCUUCGAGGAGAGCCCCCAGGGCAAAGUCCUGCAGGUGAUUGUCUGGGGAGAUUACGGGCGCAUGGACCACAAGUGCUUCAUGGGGAUGGCCCAGAUCGUCUUGGAGGAGCUCGAUCUCUCCAGCGCGGUCACGGGCUGGUACAAACUCUUCCCCACCUCCUCGCUGGCCGACUCCAGCAUCGGACCUCUGACACGCCGCCUCUCCCAGUCCUCCCUGGAGAGCUCCACCAGCCCCUCCUGCCCGUAGGUUGGUGGCAGAGGCCGGGAGGGGAAAGCAGACGUCCUGACCUACCAAAACUGUUAGUGGAUAGCUGUAAAUAUCCUUUUAUUUUUUUUUUUCUUUUUUUAAAAAACUCUCCUUCCCGAAACAAACCCACUCUCAACACACCCCUCCCCGAGCACGCAUCCCGGCGCACAGAGGGGGAUGGUGGAGAGGGAGCGAGGGACGUGUGUUUUGAGGCAGGGGAAGGAGAAGCAAAAAAUACCCAACCCCGGCCGUGAGGCAGCCCGAGGGCCGUGCCUGCCGCCUGACCCCGAGACUGUUAGCGCGCCUCGUCCCGGCCCCCCGGCGGAAAGGGAUCGCAGCGAUGCAUUUCUCCCCUGACCCCCCGGCGAGAGCAGCUCGGUACGAUUCAUUCACAGCGCCGCUGCAAGCAGCAUGUUGACGAGGUUUCUUUUCCUUCGAUUUACGUUUCCUUGCCUCUGAGGAAAAAGGUAGCUUUCCGAAGAAAAAAAACCUCAGAAAAAAAAUCCAACUCAGCACUGGGUUUUGUUUGUUUGUUUUGGUUUUUCCCCCCCCCGCCAAGGAAUGUAGCAUCUUCUAUUAUGUAGCUUGCCAUGUGCUAGCAACACACUCACUCUCUGCAAUAUCCAAGAGACUCCGGACUGACCGGAAACAUCUGCCAGUCACUUCCCGUCUGUUCGUUUCCAGACACAAAUCCUGCGACACUGAGCGAGCGCUUCUGGUGGCUCUUCUUUUUUUUUUUUGUUUUUUUUUUCCCCGGUAGCAUGUAGCCUGCGACCAGUGACAUUGCCAAAGCGAGAGGGAACGGGAAAAGGUGCACUCACCUCACCUAAGCAUACGCUGGUCUUAUCCUCCUGUUUCACCACUGACCGUGGUCUUGUACAGCCAGAGCAGGACCCGAAAUAUGAACUCUGUGAUGCCUCACGUGAAAAUUCGAGUCAGGAGACGGUGACCCGACGGAGCAGGAGCACUGUGAUGCUGGCGGAUCAUCUGGCUCCCAGCCCCUUCCUCCUGCGAGGGCCAGCUCGAGGUCUGGGACGCCCUCCCUCGGGUCCGGGACGCCCUCCCUCGGGUCCGGGACGCCCUCCCUCGGGUCCGGGACGCCCUCCUCGAUACUUGAAUUUCAAGUAGGAGCAGAGGGUCUGCCAGACCCCGCAGCAGGACGCACCCUUCUCCAACUCUCGACUUGUCGGUGCGCUACAGGGGAACAUCUCAACAGCAUCUUCUGCUGAUCUGGAAUUAGGGCGACUGAGAGGUUACGAACAAAGGACUAGAUGCUUUGAAUUUAUUAAUCAGGAUGAGUGUUUUGGGUUUUUCGUUUGUAUGUUUUGUUUGUUUGUUUUAAAGCAGCAUUUUGGUUCCCCCUGAGGGACCAGUUCUUGUAGCAAAACCGAGAAUCACGGAAGCUUUUUUUGAAGGUGCCUAAUGAAAUUUGCUGAAAAUACUCAGGGGAGACACCACUAGAAACUUUGGUUUCUUCAUAAAAAUAUACUCACCACAAUGACUGUCCUGAAGGAUCAGUUUCCAAAAGAGAGAAGGAAAAAAAAAAACAAAACCCAACACACCAAAAGAUGAGCAGUCUUGAGACUGGGAGAGGACAAAAGGUUAAUGGGGAAUUUUUACCGGCCAGACGGCUCUGACCUUCAGUCUGUAACACGAAUCAACCCACAGCACAGUUGGGAUUUUUUAAACAAUUAUUUAUUGGCAAAGCGGAGAAUUUCACAAUGCACAGAGCACAACAAAACCAACCUGUGGUUCUCCUGGGGACGCCAGGAACGAUGAACCAGCUCAAACCUGUUGCCACAACGGAACAAAACCAAACCUGAAGGAAAAAGACUGUUGCAAGGAAGCUGCCCCCCUCCACAAACCCAAAAGCGGGGCUUAGCAAAACUCCACUGCUCGGCCGCUGGUUUACCCGACACCGCCACGAUUUCAGCGACAUCGUGUCGAGGGAUUCCAGCUGCUAUCGUGGUCUUCGGGUCUUUACUGAACCAAAAUCACUGUAGACCUCUGAGAAGAGAGCGGGCUGGAUGCUGCUGACCAGGGAUGGAGAGGGGUCCGCCCGAGACCCCGCUGCCUGCCUCGUGAAAGAUUAAAUCCUCGCCUGCUGGAGCGGUAAGCGGCUUUUCAAGCGAUACGCGGUGAUGGCUGAGCUCGCGCUGACCGGCGGCGCGUGGGACCGUGGGAUGCACUAACAGUCUCAAGCGGUUUGAGGAAGCAAACUCGUGCCCCGAGUACCGAAACAGGAAUAAACAAUGGUUUGAACACGAUGUUCCUUCCAGAGCACGAAGCAGUUAUACGAGGCCAAUGACGCCUGGAUGAAGCUAAACUUUCUCUGCCCUGGUGUGCUGGAUUUUUGAAUAUACAUGAGGGAAGGCAACUUACGAGGAAAAACUCUCCGCACCUUCAAGCUAACAUUAGAUUUUGCUUUACCAACUCGAUUUCAACAGAAAAAAAAAGAAAAAUCUGCCUGUGGAGGGACGAUAACCAUGCCCACAGGGAAGCGGAACGGCAGCGUGGGCAGAGCAGGGAGCUCUGCAGGUAUUUUCUGCUCGCUGGAGUGGAGACAGCAUCCCACUCCCGUCCCUUCCAGCAGAGCCUUACUGCUCCCCCUCUCCGCAAGCACCACCACGCUUUUCUCGAGCCAGAGAAAGCAGCGGAUGAGGAGCGGCAGGAGCGCCGGGACAGCCGGGCGCACGCCCACGGCAGCUGAUGCCCGAGGUCUAGCAAAAGGCUCACCGGUUCUGCGCCAGUUCAAAAACCUGCCCUUGCUGGCACGCGGAAAAUCCAGAGGAAAGAACUAUCUUCCGGAAGGCGCCCCUGGGUACUCCGGGGAACGUGGAAAACCCACGUACUUUGGCUUAUUUUUCAUCCUCAAUAGGCUGAGGAUGCACUGGAGGGUAACAGCGUAGCCAACAUCAGAACAAACCGCACCCUGGUGGUUCUUCCAGUGGCGCAUUCUCCUUCGCUGCAACGUGGUGGCCUCGUGGGAACGGCUCCUCCUGCUCAUUAAGAGACCGGCGAGGUGGAGCCACCGCGCCAGGGACUUCAAAUGACCGACGCUCGCUAGACAACCUGAAAUCCAUCAAAACCGUAACUUCUUCACUUUCAGCACUUCACGUCCAGUCCCCGCAAGGCGCCGGUACUCACGCCUCUGGGGGAGCGUCUGGGUCAGGACCCUCCUUACACUCGUGUGGAAAAACAGAAACGGGAGAAGAGGCCGAAGGUGCCGCGCUUACGCUGCAACAUCAGCUCCUCGUUUCUGCAUGCGCGAGACACUGUCAGAGGUUUCUUUUUUCCCUCCUCGAACAACAAGAACAAAAAAGCCAAGACACCCAGUUGCUUUCGACACGCGACACACCAGAAAAACCACAAGCUUCUGGACUUCAGGUUUUUUUUUCCUGGGGGAAUGUUUUAUUGCAAAGGGCAUUUUAUUUUUAACGUACUAUAUGACUCGCAAAAGGUGGUUGCACUGACUAGGUAUUAUGUGUUAGAUUAUUUCCUCCCUUUCCUCCACCUUCCAUCGGGAAAGAAAAUUCAACCUUCCAGGUAUUUUCCCCUAGAAAGAAUAAUUAAUAUUCAACUGAAUCAGCUUCACAGCCUGUUUUAUUCCCAGCACUCGCAGCAGUACCUGAGCAGCAAGUAGCUCGCAGUGCCCACCCGAGACACAGAAGACCUUACUAUAGCACAGCUGGUGUCAGAAUCAAGACACCCUACUUGAGUAACAAGGAUGGAUUUUGCCAAAAUAGCCUUGAAAUGAUACUUAAACAUCCCCUAAACUCUAAUAAAAAGAGUCUCAGCCACGCAGCAAAGCGCAGAAAACGCUAGAUGACUUCAUGCCCAGACCUAAGUCAUCCCUGGGUUUUCUACAAGCCUGGAAAGGGCUUUAUUUGCCACAGUUGAGUGACUGAAAAUUUUCUAGGGCACCAGAAAGUGGGCCAGGCUUCUGGGCUCAGCCAGAAAUUAGCUCCUCUUACAUCGAUGCCACGACAUGUUGAAAGCAUAGGGAGAGGAUGCUUAGACAUGGCUGUCCUGAAACCAAGUGAGAUACAGAGCUGGUUACCUGGCCAGCAGUCGGGAAACUAAACCUAUUAAGUGGCUUUGGAACACGCCACAGAGCAACCAAGAUGGUGGGAAUCUUCCCUCCAAGGCCACCUUCUCCAGCUCUUAAAACCUCUUCUCAGAAGCAGUUACAGAUGCAGCUCUCGAUGGAACCACGAGACCAGAAAGUCCUGCAGGAGCGGGAUUCCCGUCGCUGAUGGGGAAUCGCUUCUGUUCGCUGUCUCACAGAACCGCUCUCGCAGCGAUGAGACUUGAGAAGUCGAGCCUGUAUUUGUGCACGCUGGUGCGGUGAGAGGAGUUAACACAUUAAAUACCUUUGCUUAAGCGGGCUUGCAAACACUCAGCAGCCAGUAAGUACAAUCUAAGGGUCUUUACUGACCCAAGACAUUUAUAAACACAGCACUGGUGGUGGUUUUGCAAGCCUAGAGUCCACCUUCUGUUUUCUUCCAGUUGACUCAGACACUUCUUCCCAGAUUGAUGUGAAACGCUUGGACAAUGCACAUCUGUAAACUUCCUUAAGGGUGCGCAUUUGGUUACUGAUUUGGAAAAUAACUGCAUUUUAAAGGUCAAGGAACAGUGUUCAGGCACCGUUCUUCUUGAUGGCUGAAUUCAAAGUCUAAAUGUGCUUUGCAUCACAGAUGGAAAAAGAUAUUAAGAGCUCGCUCUGCUUUCCUUUGGGUUUCCAUGCCUCCGGACAGAUCUGUAAAACCCCCUGCAGUAAAAGCAAGGCUCGCAUCCCGUGAUGUGCCAAGGGCAUGUCUCUCUAGCAAAGCUGUUUCAACUGGAAGUCUUCCUUCUACUUCAUGUUCACAGGCAUAGAAAACACCCCAACCCUUGGCUGUUUGUCAGAGGUGCAAGAGUUACGUUUAUGAGCUAAAAAGAAGGUCGAAAGGCUGCAGAAAAGGCUUCCUAUAGGAGAAGAAGUGUCUGCAAGAAGCGUGGCUGGAAUCGGUGGGGUAAAGAUGCGCUACGUGUAACACAGCUGAAGCUGCACAAAACAGACUCAAGUGACCAGAUGUGACAAUACCGGACCUUAACUGAGCUGGUCCGUAUUUGGGGAAGAUGGAGGUUUUAAAAGUAGACUUGGAAAAACUGUACAGUUAAAGGGCCUAAGUGUUUGUCUUGCUGUCCGAAUAACCGCCACACUGUUUAACCCCGCUCACCUGCCCCGGGCACAGACGCCAGGGCGGAGCACAGCAGCGUCCAGGGAUCCAGGAGAGAGCGGCUUGGUUUAGCGGCUGCCACCAAGACCCAAGAGCUGAUGUGACCACUGUGCCUGUCUGGAGCUCCAAUUAUUGGUAUACCUCAUUUAUUUUUUUUUUUCUUCCCCCUUUUGGUCUUUUUGUGUUUUUUUUAAAGAACCAGAGCUUAGUGCACUCUACCACAUUCAGGUUAUUUUUUGUUGUAACUGUGCAAUGCAGAGCAAUUCCACGGGGUAUGCGUUUACCACCUGCUCCCACGCUGGCUCCUGCGAGCCCAGCCUCUGCUUCGUUUAGCACUUGCACUAUUGAUUGCUGAGCUAAAGGGCAAGGAAAGCACGAGGCCAGAGUGCUUCUCUGGAGGGAGGGAUGAUUCGGCUGGACAGUAGGUACCCCCCCCCCUUCUCUCCUGUUAAAAAGCAUGUGGAGGAACAGCGCCCCAGAGGCGCCCCUUAGCCCGACGCAGGCGGGCGUUUGCAGUCCUGCUCCCCUCAGUGUCCUCCCCUCCCGGCAAGGAGGCGAGCGGCGCGGGUAUUGGCAAGCUGAGGACGGUGCCGCUGCUCUUGGAGGAGCAGUGAACCCUCACUAAAGCUUUUGCCUAUAGCGUGGCUGGAGAGAGAGCAUCAGAAUUAGGCAGAAAGGGUGUCCCUCCAGCAGGAGGGCAGGUACUGAGCACCGAUCCCAUUUCCUAACACGCUCGCUGUCUGUACAUAUCCGCUAGAUCCCAGCACUUGCUAAAAAAAAAAAAAAGGAACUUUGCCCUAACACUUGCAGUGAGAACUGUGAAGCAACGCUUGAUCUCAGAGGCCCUCUGGAUGGAGCAGCACGCCCCUCCUUGUUCCCAGCGGGCCAGGGACCCUGGCAGCGGAUGCCUCUCGAAUGUUAGCACUUUGAAGUUGGUGGCCUUGUUUUCUUAAAAGGGCUUGAUCUUUUCAUGCAGUUAAAACUAAAUAAUCUUCCCCAUCAUGUUGUCCUACCCCCACCUCAAAAUUAAGCGACGAACAAGCACCUGGACCAUUUAAGAUAUUGUCCGGGACUCAAGAAUCUGUCAUUAAUCUCAGAAGUUUAUACCUCAAAUAUAAAAACACAUGUAUCUGUCUUAGAAACAACACUUGGUAAAGUAGCAGCGCCAAGUUUGAACUGAACUUUGCCCUUGAAUCUGAUUGCUAACGGCACCAGGAAAAACCAAACCCCCAUAAGCGCACAGAGAAAAGCGCCAGUGAAUUCUUCAAAAGCACCCAAACUGAAGCAUUCAUCCUAUCGAAGAAUUCAGAAUUUAUACUCCCAAACAAGGCACGUGAGCGAUUUUACCCAUCCCUUAUAAAUCUUUAAACACAGCCUAUGCCUUUAAACUGCGUUGGCCCCCUAAAAAGUAUGAGGGGGCAGAAUACGAACGCACAUUGGCAAAGAAAAUUUACAUAAAAGGGUCCAAGAUCAUUAAAAGUACGAGGCAAUGAGAGAUGCACGAGAACAACUCAGCCAGGCAGUCGUUUCUAACCACAGCCUUUCUCCUCCCGGUGGCUGCCUCAGAAGGACAAGACGAGCGUCUUGACGGGUGCACCAUACGGAAGCAAUACAACCACGCAAGGACGCAGAAAUCUGUGCUACUUCACAUUUUCCAUCCUUAAGUCCCCGACAAGCUGCGUUGAAAAGAAUUCCCGAAACCAAGAGAGUCGCAUUAGAUUGGGAAAUUGUCAGAACUCCAUUAACCCCGAGUUAAUUGCUAUUACGAGCUUAGCCUUCGAUCACUAACGCAAAGAGGUAGCAGACAUCUCACCGUUUGAGCGGCACACGUCAACCAUACGUCUUUCUGUGUGCAUCCGUUACCUAAGGGGAGAAGGAGAGUUAGGCGCAGAACUCGUGCAGGACUGACACGCUCACCCUUUGUACUUUUGGAAGCCAGGAUGUAGUUGUAUUAGCGAACAAAUCUGGCUGCCUUCACUAGCCCACUUGUGUUCUGUGAUAAACUUUGCUUUGAUGACAGAUUCGUAAGUUUAACAACUCCACUUUAAAAUAAAUGCCACAGAGGGGGGAACUAGGGGGUCCUCUAAGCCCCGGUUCCACGUUCAAGAGAAGGGGAUGGGCUUGUGAUGGAUACUUGAGAACGGUAAUAGAUUUAAAAAAGCAAAUGGCAAUUUUAUACCUGUGUUAUGUAAUGUUUUUUAUGUGUGUGGUCUUUCUUAAUGUAAAACUCAUGUAUUUUUGUGGUUUAUAUGCAGCAGGACUGAUGGCUGUGAGGGUGCACGCUAUUUUGUAAAAUAUUCUUAGCCAGUUUUCCCAAGGAGAAAAAAACCCCGAAGUAUUCACAUUUUCAUUGGCUUGUACUUGCAUGUACAGUAUUGGGGCAGCAAGUGAAGAUGAUUAAAGCCAGCUUGAAAACUU